CGAUAACCAACCUAUUGCCUUCACUCCAGGCAGACUUUCCUCCCCUCCUACUCUCCUGUUGGUAUUUUUCUGAUUCUCUCUCACAAUCGCAAAAGUCCUCCUUGCGAUCAUCACACAAUUUUGUUCUUCUUUCUUGCUGCAACCAGCCGUAGCGCCCGCAUACUCUCCCACCGCCACCGCCGCCGCGCCCGCGCUCUCGUUUUCCCCCUCCUCACCCGGGGACGAGUGCCGCGACCAGAUUUCCCCCUCACCCGUUGCCGCCUCUUUUGCGAUCGAGAUCGACCGUAUCCCGCCGCCUCGUCUGCCGUACCGCACCACCCGCGAUGGCUAUCACAAUCCCGGAGCUGGACGAGAUCGUCCGCUCCUUCUACGAGGGCCGUGGAGAACAGCAAAAGCAAGCGCAAGCUACACUCAACCAGUUCAAGGAAGACCAAGAUUCGUGGCUCCUCGUCGACAAGAUUCUCGCCGAAGCAACCUACCCCCAAACGAAGUUCUUGGGCCUGCAGGUGCUCGACAAUGUCAUCAUGACGAGAUGGAAGGUCCUUCCGAGAGACCAGUGUCAAGGUAUCCGCAACUUCGUUGUGCAAUUCAUCAUCCAGUGCUCUAGCUCCGAAGAGACCAUGAAGGAGCAGAAGACCCUGCUCAACAAGCUCAACCUCGUCCUGAUUUCCAUCCUGAAGCAGGAAUGGCCGCACAACUGGCCCACGUUCAUCAACGAGAUCAUCACGUCGUGCCAUUCCAGCCUGUCCAUCUGCGAGAAUAACAUGGUCAUCCUGCGCCUGCUGUCUGAAGAGGUGUUCGACUACUCGGCCGAGCAGAUGACGUCCACCAAGACCCGGAACCUGAAGACGACCAUGUGCGCCGAGUUUUCCCAGAUCUUCACCCUCUGCCAGGAGGUCCUGAACACCGCCGACCAGCCCAGCCUCGUCAAGGCCACUCUCGAGACAUUACUGCGCUUCUGCAACUGGAUCCCCCUCGGCUACAUCUUCGAGACUCCCCUCAUCGACACGCUGCGCACACGCUUCCUGCCCGUUCCCGAGUUCCGCAACGUCGCCCUGCAGUGCCUGACCGAGAUUGGCGGUCUGCAGACUGGUGGACCUGGCCAGCCGAAUUCCUACGACGAGCAGCUGGUCAAGAUGUUCACCGAGGUCCUGACCACCAUUGCGACCAUCAUCCCCAUUAGCCUCGACCUUAAGUCGACAUAUCCCAACAGCAACUCGAGGGACCAGGAGUUCAUCCAGAACUUGGCCCUGUUCUUAUGCAAUUUCUUUGGCAUGCACUUGAACCUCAUUGAGAACCUGCCCAACAGGGACUUUCUCACCCACGGCCACUACUACCUAAUCCGCAUAUCUCAGAUCGACGACCGUGAAAUCUUCAAGAUCACCCUUGAUUACUGGCUGAAGCUCGUCAACGAGCUCUACGACGAGAUGCAGCAACUCCCCAUGACCGAGCUCAACCCGUUGAUGGGCAUGGCGGGUGGCAUGUCCGGAGCCGGCGCUCCUAACCCGUCGCUGCUCAACAACUACCCGCUGCGCAAGCACAAGUACAACGAGGUCCUGUCGAAUCUCCGCACCGUCAUGAUAGAGAAGAUGGUGCGCCCCGAGGAGGUCCUCAUUGUCGAGAACGAUGAGGGCGAGAUUGUGCGCGAGUUCGUCAAGGAGAGCGACACGGUGCAGCUCUACAAGACCAUAAGAGAGUGCUUGGUGUACCUGACGCACUUGGAUGUCGUCGACACCGAGAACAUCAUGACGGAGAAGCUUGCCCGCCAGGUCGAUGGUACAGAAUGGUCCUGGCACAACUGCAACGUGCUCUGCUGGGCCAUCGGAUCCAUUUCUCUGGCCAUGAAUGAGGAGACGGAGAAGAGGUUUCUCGUCACCGUUAUUAAGGACCUUCUGGGCCUUACAGAAAUGAAACGCGGCAAGGACAACAAGGCCGUUGUUGCCAGCAACAUUAUGUACAUUGUUGGACAAUACCCUCGGUUUCUCAAGGCCCACUGGAAGUUCCUCAAGACCGUUGUCAACAAGCUCUUUGAGUUCAUGCACGAGUCACACGAGGGUGUGCAGGACAUGGCCUGCGAUACCUUCAUCAAGAUUGCGAGGCAGUGCCGCCGCCACUUCGUCGCCCUGCAGCCCAGCGAGCAGGAGCCCUUCAUCGAAGAGAUCGUGCGCAACAUGCACAAGAUCACAUGCGACCUGUCGCCCCAGCAGGUCCACACCUUUUACGAGGCUUGCGGCUACAUGGUGGCUGCCCAGGGCAACAAGCACCAACAGGAACGGCUGUUGAGCGAUUUGAUGGCCAUCCCUAAUGCGGCUUGGGACGAGAUCAUUAAGCAGGCUCGUGUCAACCCCGUCAUUCUCCAGGAUGCCGAGACGAUCAAGGUCAUUGGCAACAUCAUGAAGACGAACGUCUCGGCCUGCUCGUCCAUCGGGCCGUAUUUCUACCCUCAGAUCGGCCGUAUCUUCCUCGACAUGCUGCAGAUGUACCGUGCCACCAGCGAGCUGAUCUCCGAGGCCGUCCAGAAGCAAGGCGAGAUUGCCACCAAAAUGCCGCACGUCCGUGGACUGCGUACGAUCAAGAAGGAGAUCCUCAAGCUCGUCGAGACGUACGUCGAAAAGGCCGAAGACCUGCAAUCCGUGCGCCAGCAAAUGGUGCCCCCGUUGCUGGAGUCGAUUCUCGUCGAUUACAACCGCAAUGUGCCCGGUGCCCGUGACGCUGAAGUCCUCAAGGCCAUGUCUGCCAUUAUCACCAAGCUUUCCACCUUGAUGGAAGACCAAGUGCCCAACAUCAUGGAGAACGUCUUCGAGUGCACGCUGGACAUGAUCAACAAGGACUUUUCCGAGUUCCCCGAGCACCGUGUGGAGUUCUUCAACCUCCUGCGCGCGAUCAAUCUGCACUGCUUCCCUGCGCUGUUGAAACUGGACAACCGCCAGUUCAAGUUCGUCAUCGACUCGUGCUCUUGGGCGUUCAAGCAUGACAACCGUGACGUGGAGGCUGCGGGACUUAACAUGUGCCUGGAGCUGAUCAACAACAUCGCGGAGAAGACAGACGUCCAGACGGCCAACGCCUUUUUCCAGCAGUUCUUCAUCACCAUUCUGCAGGACGUCUUUUUCGUGUUGACCGACAACGACCACAAAGCGGGCUUCAAGACGCAGUCCAUGGUUCUGAUGAGAAUGUUCUACUUCGUCGAGCCCGCUGACGGGAGUGCGCCCAAGAUCCAGGGUCCCAUCUACAGCCCGGACCAGGCGGCGGCCGGCACCUCGAACAAGGAGUUCCUCGCUAACUUUGUGGCCAACCUGCUUCGCGGGGCCUUCCCCAACCUGCAACCCGCUCAAAUCCAGACAUUCGUCGAGGGUCUAUUCACCCUCAACACUCAGUACGACAAGUUCCGUCUCAACCUGCGCGACUUCCUCAUCUCGCUGAAGGAGUUUGCCGGCGACAACGCAGAGCUGUUCCAGGUUGAGAAGGAGCAGCAGGAGCGGGACGCCAAGGCGGCCGAUCUCGAGCGCCGUGGCAAGGUCGGCGGUCUGUUGAAGCCGUCGGAGCUCGAGGACGACGAGUUGUGACUUGCUCAAGAGUUGCGAACCGAGUAUGCCCCGCUACGGAACCUCGAGAACGCAGGCACUGCGGCACGAGACUCUGGGGGGCAGCAAACCGAAUUCGAUGAGUGGGAGCUCUACGGGCUCUGACCAGAAGCCAUGCGUCAAGGACUAGAGCACGACUCGCCAAUCCCUGGCUCUGCGGCCCAUAGGCGCCCGCUCAUGCUGUAGUGAUACCAUGGAUAGAUGACGUGACGAUUGCAGGAAACAAACCCUUUCGCCGCCGUUGGGCCCCCUUGGCGUUGACACAGACGGGGGCCGUUUUAUUUCCUUUGAUUCAUCUGGCAACGGAAAAUGGUGAGGGGGGUGGUCCCGGUGUCCUUCCGAGAACACCAGGUCUGGAGCCCACCACCUGGUGAGGGGAAGCAACGACUAGGGAGGACUCAAAUCACAACAAAAGCUAUACAGCAACAGAGACCCCACCGGUUGUAGUGCUAGAACGCUUUCUGUAGGCAAAUCAAGCAGAUAGAUUGCAGUCGUUUGCACCCGUGAUGGCAUCCCUAGGUAAACGAAGCCGUGUUAGCUUCGGUGAGGGUGUAGUCGAAUUCCGUGUU